GUUGCAAUCUCGGCACGGACACGUGAUCACGGUGACGCACAGCUGGAAAGAAGAACUCAUCUGGACAGGUAAUCAGCGCAUAACAACUUCGUCACCGCACACGCUACACAGGAGUGACAGAACGACGUAGCUUUACGCAGACGACAGCAUGCGCUGGCAGGUGAUACUAUCACUGAUCGUCGUGAGUGCACGAUGUGCGCUGUCACAGCAGAGAGAAGGUGAGCAGCGUGGCGGCAGUCAAUACGUGCAGGAUCAGGGCCAGGGUGCGCGCUACUUCAAGCGACGUUCCCCGGACUACUACAACAACCUCCUCCAGCAGAAGAACCCGGCCGGCAUCUCCCCCGCCUACGACCCGCGCACGCUGCAGCAGCAAGCACCACCUGGCGGCGCGCUGCAGCAACGCUUCUCACCGGCAGCGUAUCAGCAGCAGCAGCAGCCGGGACGUCGCUAUCGGGGGCCGUCUCCACAGUAUCAGCGACCCCUACCCCAGUACCAGAGAGGACCCCUGCAGCCAGGAGCCCAGAGGCCACAGCCCGUGCCAUAUCAAGGUCAACAACCCGUGCAAUAUCAAGGUCAACCUCCCAUACAAUACCAAGGUCAACAACCUGUACAAUACCAAGGUCAACCUCCAGUACAAUAUCAAGGUCAACAACCCAUACAAUACCAAGGUCAACCUCCCGUACAAUACCAAGGUCAACAACCCAUACAAUACCAAGGUCAACCUCCCGUGAGAGGGCAGACGGCCGCACUGACGAACCCUCUCAAUGCAAGGCUGCAGGAAUCUCAGCAGACGCCGAGCGUGAUUCGCUACCAGCUCGGCACCGGCCCCCAGGACUCGCGCAGCACGGCGGAGCUGACCGGCAGCAGCAGCGCCACCUACGCCAGCGAGCGACCGAAGGCCAGCAACAACGUGCAGUUCCCGACCUUCGGCGUGCAGCAGCAGCAGCCGCAGACCAAGCUAACACAGGUGGCGCCACUGCAGCAGCCGCAGACCAGUCUAGGACAGGUGGCGCCACUGCAGCAGCCGCAGGUCGAUCCGAGACUCUUGCAAGCGCAGUACCCAAGCACGCUGCCCCUAGGUCAACAGGGACCAUCUCAAUAUGCACCAGCACCACAGUGCGACCCACGUGACCCCCGUUGUCAACAGGGACCAUCUCAAUAUGCACCAACAGCCCAGUGCGACCCACGUGACCCCCGUUGUCAACAGGGACCAUCUCAAUAUACACCAACAGCCCAGUGCGACCCACGUGACCCCCGUUGUCAACAGGGACCAUCUCAAUAUACACCAACAGCCCAGUGCGACCCACGUGACCCCCGUUGUCAACAGGGACCAUCUCAAUAUGCACCACAAGCCGGCCAGUGUGACCCACGUGACCCCCGUUGCCAACAGGGACCAUCUCAAUAUGCACCACAAGCCGGUCAAUGUGACCCACGUGACCCCAAUUGUCGGCAGCAGGGACCUUCUCAAUAUUCACCACAAGCCGGUCAGUGUGACCCACGUGACCCCCGUUGCCAACAGGGAUCAUCUCAAUAUGCACCACAAGCCGGCCAGUGUGACCCACGUGACCCCCGUUGCCAACAGGGAUCAUCUCAAUAUGCACCACAAGCCGUUCAAUGUGACCCACGUGACCCCAAUUGUCAGCAGCAGGGACCUUCUCAAUAUUCACCACAAGCCGGUCAGUGUGACCCACUUAACCCCAACUGUCGGCAGCAGGGACCAUCUCAAUAUUCUCAAGAACAAGGCUGCGACCCACGUGACCCCCGCUGUCAACAGGGACCGUCUCAAAAUUCUCAAGAACAAGGCUGCGACCCACGUGACCCCCGCUGUCAACAGGGACCGUCUCAAUAUUCCCAAGAACAAGACUGCGACCCACGUGACCCCCGCUGUCAACAGGGACCGUCUCAAUAUUCCCAAGAACAAGACUGCGACCCACGUGACCCCGCAAGACGCGACCCACGUGACACGCGCCCCGCCUGUCAACGGAGGGACCAUCUCAAUAUUGCUCAGAGCAAGAAUGCAACCCACGUUGACCCCCGCCUGUCUGGCAGCAGGGACCGUCUCACAGCCAGUUCAACAGGAACGGCAUCCACCAUCGGCUCCCGACAGAGGAAGGCAGGGCAGGGCGAGCGAGGGCAGCGGGAAGAUGAGAACCAAUGA